ACCGUCCAGGCGGCCCUCAAACUCGUUCCCUUUUCAUCUCAGUGCUGCCGUCCAUACCUGCGCCUCCGCUUGGUGAUGAAACCGAAGCAGAGCAGCGGAGCCUGCUUGGCCUCCAGGGAUUCUCACAGACACUAGCUCAAAGCUACGGCCCCUCAUGUGUAAACAGAGUCGAAGGACAGGCUCCAGGUACAGAUGAAGGAUAAAGCACACGUAGCCCCUGUUUGCUUGAACUAGAGUCCAGAUGAUAAGGCUGGAGUACAAAAAAGGUUCUGGUGGGUCCUGGGGGAGCAGCCAGCACCUGCCUCCUUUGGCCACACAAGCCACCUUUGGAUGUGCUCCUCCACCAGCUGGAAAGCAGAGGUAAGGCACAGCCCUGAGUUCCCGAGAGACCUUGCUCAUGGACCCAGGAUGAGAUGAGUCUGUUUGAUGUCAUUGAUGACCUUGCUCGUGGAUCGGGGAUGAGUGUGUUUGAUGUCAUUGACGAGCUUGCUUGUGGAUCCAGGAUGAUUGUGUUUGAUGUCACUGACGACCUUGCUCAUGGACCCAGGCUGAGUGUGUUUGAUGUCAUUGACAACCUUGCUUGUGGAUCCAGGAUGAGUCUGUUUGAUGUUGCUAUGACCUUGCUCAUGGACCCAGGCUGAGUACGUUGAUGUUGUUGACCUUGUAUGACCUUGUUAUAGAUGCUGAUGCUCUGGACAAUCCCACUUUUCCUCCUGGGAGCAGCCCAAGGAAAAGAGGUUUGCUAUAACAACCUUGGAUGCUUUUCUGACACCGAGCCCUGGGCGGGGACAGCCACCAGGCCUCUAAAACUUCUCCCUUGGAGCCCUGAGAAGAUCAACACCCGCUUCCUGCUCUACACCAAUGAGAACCCAAACGCUUUCCUGCUCCUCCAGCCUUCUGACCCGUCAACCAUUGAGGCCUCCAACUUUCAAGUGGCCAGGAAGACCCGGUUCAUCAUCCACGGCUUCACAGACAAGGGAGAAGAGAACUGGGUGUUAGACAUGUGCCAGAACUUGUUCAAAGUGGAGGAGGCAAACUGCAUCUGUGUGGACUGGAGGCGAGGCUCUCGGACCACCUACACGCAGGCCGCCAACAACGUUCGAGUCGUGGGUGCCCAGCUGGCUCACAUGCUCCACGUCCUCGAGACAAACUACAGCUACUCACCUUCUAAAGUCCACCUCAUUGGCCACAGCCUAGGAGCCCAUGUGGCCGGAGAAGCAGGAAGUCGGACUCCAGGCUUAGGCAGGAUUACUGGACUGGACCCUGUAGAAGCAAACUUUGAAGGCACUCCUGAAGAGGUGCGACUUGACCCCUCAGAUGCUGACUUUGUCGAUGUGAUUCACACAGAUGCAGCCCCCUUGAUCCCAUUCUUGGGGUUUGGAACAAAUCAAAUGAUGGGUCACAUUGACUUCUUCCCCAACGGGGGACAGAACAUGCCUGGGUGCAAGAAGAAUGCCCUAUCACAGAUUGUGGACCUAGAUGGCAUCUGGUCAGGAACCCGGGACUUCGUGGCUUGUAACCACCUGAGAAGCUACAAGUACUACUCGGAGAGCAUCCUUAGCCCUGAUGGAUUCGCUGCAUACCCCUGCACUUCCUACAAAGACUUUGAGUCUGGCAAGUGCUUCCCCUGCCCAGAUCAAGGCUGCCCGCAGAUGGGCCACUACGCCGAUCGGUUUGCCGGCAGGACGAGUGAGGAGCCGCAGAAGUUCUUCUUGAACACAGGAGACGCCAAGAGCUUUGCACGUUGGAGGUACCGGGUUUCCUUGACGCUGUCUGGAAGAACAGUCACUGGGCAGGUCAAAGUGGCUGUGUUUGGAAGUAAAGGCAACACUCAACAGUAUGAUAUCUUCAGGGGCGUUAUGAAGCCAGGUGCCACACAUUCCAAUGAGUUUGAUGCCAAACUUGAUGUGGGAACAAUUGAGAAAGUCAAGUUUCUUUGGAACAACCACGUGGUAAACCCAAGCUUCCCCAAAGUAGGUGCAGCCAAGAUCACUGUGCAAAAGGGAGAGGAGAAGACCGAGUACAACUUCUGUAGUGAGGACCUGGUGAAAGAAGACACUCUGCUCACUCUCCUGCCUUGUGACACCUCAGACACGAUGUGACCUCGUUAAUGCCAAUAAAAAAAAUCCUGUU